AAUAAACAAAAAAUAAAAACACAGAAAACAGCUCAGAGAACUACAAAGGCAUAUAUAGAGAGAGAGGCUUCACAAUGAACUCGGAUGAUGCAAAGGAGAAGCCAGGAGCACCCAUGUUAGCAGCAGAAGUACCCAAGUCAAACGCUGACAUGGAAACGCAAUUUGCAAACGGCGUCGGCGGCGGUAGUAAAAGAAAGAAACGCAACCUUAAAAUCUGUAUCUGCGUCACUCUCAUCAUCAUCCUCCUCAUAUUUAUUGUUCUACUAAUCUUAGGCCUCACUCUCUUCAAACCCAAAAACCCAACCGCCACCGUGGACUCCGUCCUCGUCGACCAGCUUCGAACUUCCGUCGACGCCUUGAACCUCAAGGCCAACCUAAACCUAACACUCCAAGCCCAUCUCACCUUGAAAAACCCAAACCGGGUCGGGUUCAGCUUCGGUUCCACGUCGGCUUUGCUUAGCUACAAAGGCCAGUUGGUCGGAGAAGCGCCGCUCCCCGCGAACAGAGUCGGCGCGCAGAAAACGUUGAGUAUGAACGUAAAGCUUACUCUAAUGGCGGAUAGACUACUCUCAGAGUCCGAGGUUUUCAGUGACGUCAUGUCUGGGUCCAUCCCGGUCAACACUUUCGUUAAAGUCGCCGGGAAAGUACAUGUUUUCAAUAUCUUUAAGAUUAGUGUCAAGUCAUCUGUUUCCUGCGAUGUUACAAUCUCUGUUUCGAGUCGUAAUGUUACGAGUCAACAAUGUAAGUAUUCAACUAAGCUGUAGUCUCCUUAUUCUUUAUAUCUAUACUUUGUCUUCUUGUUCUUGAAGUCUUUGAUCUCUUGUGUAUGUAUUAUUUGCUAUAGAAUAAAUAAAAUCAUAAGGCAUUGCCUUUGUUUCCAUU